CUCUGCAAAAAUAUAAAAGAGUAGACUAUUACGAUCAUCAUUCACUUAUUAAAUUGCCUUCACUUUUAUCAUCAACAUAUUUUUGUCACUAAUUAGUCAUAAACGUUUUUAUUUCGUCUAACAUUUUUACCUCUCCGUUAAUCUCCGUGACGAAAAAAUGAUGUGACAUCCAAAAUGAAGAUAAUGCCGUCCAUGAUAUUGUCUGCCACCGAAUUUAACGGAGAGGUAUAAAUAUUAGACGGACUGAAAACAUUUAUGGCUAAUUACUGAUAAAAAUACGUGAUAAAAGUGGUGGCAAUUAGGAGUGACAGUGAUAAAAAAUCAAAUUGAUAAAAAAAUCAUUCCCGAGCCGCUGGCGUGGCGGCUGAACCGCCAAAAUGAGCAGGCCGCUCAGUGCUUUCGGCUUCUCUGAUUCCCGGCUUCGUCGCGGCUCCCGUCUCUCUCUCUCGAAGUGGGGUGAACGACGAUGUCGACCUUGCCAGACGAGCUGUGGAGGCUCAUCCUCGACAUCGGCGUCCGAAGCCCUAACCCAACCCUCACCUACAGGGACCUCUGCUGCCUCUCCAUCUCCUCCCGACGCUUCCACCGUCUCUCCAGCGAGGACUCUCUCUGGUCCCGUCUCCUCUCCUCCGACUUCCCUCCGCCGCCCCCUUCCUCCUCGGCUCCGUCCACCGCCGCCAGUUCUCUGCCGCCUUCUUCCCAAUCGCUCUACCGGAUCAGGUUCGAGAGGGACCGCGAUAGGAAGCUUGCAGCACAUCGGAGGGCUGUGUUGCGGAAGGAGAGCCAGAUCGCUGAGCACUCGAAGAAGCUCAGCAGCAUGGAGGCCUCUUUAGCCCUGGAGAGCGAUAAGUUGAAGACUACCGCUGCUGAAUUGUCCAACCUGCAGAGGGUCAGGCAAGCAUCGGUGGCAUUGAAUGUUUGGCAGCCGCAUGUUGUUAGGGGAAGGCAAAAGAGUUUGGUAGAGCAAUGUACGGUGCCCGUUGAGUCUCAAAUUAGAGCGCUGGAGAUGGACCUUAGGGUCUGCAAGAUGCAGAUUUCCAUGUUGCGCAAGUCAUAUGAAGAUGAGAGACGGAGGCUAGAUGUGUCCAAGCAAGAGCUAGAGUCAAUCAAGUAUCAUCCUUUUCGUGAUUAUGAAGUUCAUGAAACUAGUGGGAAGAGGAAGAAGAUAAAGAGAUGCACAGAAUCUGAAGGUAAAACAUCCUGAGUAGUGAUGAGGUGGAGGGCCACUUGAGUCGAUCCUGCAGAAACUGCUGUACCCCCUCUGAUGUUCACAGUAGCAGAAUCAAUCAUACAUUCAAGCAAUCCAAUUUCAGAGAGGAGUUUACUGGUCUGACUGCUGCUCCUUAGAAUCCGAGUUGGUACCUCCUGAAGUUCUAGAUAACUGGUGGGGUGGCAUUUCAUCAUCUUUGGCCGUCAGGGGUGGGUUAGUAUCUCUCUGCAGUCUUUAUCUUAAAAACGUAACAAUAUACGAGAAGGUUACGACUCUAGAGUAGUUUAUGAGGGAGUGUCUUUGAAUUGAACCCUGCCUUGCAUGCAGUGUCCUUGGGUGGGGCCUCCUAGCAGGGGUCACUUGGGCCCAUGUGGACCGGGGGUGAAUACACACUUUGCCAUUAUGAGGGUAUAAAAUACCAAGGUCCCCCAUCCCCAUGUGUAAGUUUGUUUUGCUAGGACGAGCGGUAGUGGUGUUUUGAAAUUGUAACAUAUGAUGGUGUUGGUGUGACACAAUUCUGUAUUUUAUAUAUAUCAUACAGUCAUCCACAAUCAGGUCUGCGGGCUAUUCUGCGCCAGGCUAAGCCUGCAUGGUCGGGUGCAUUUUAUUUUUA